UAUAUUGUAUAACAUUGAGUUUAUUCUAAUGUAGCCUGAUAAAACUUGAGUUUAUUAUGUUAAUAACUUUUUAUAUUGAUUUAGCUUAGGAUAACACACCGAACUCUAACAGAUCCACUAAAAAGAUUUCAGGUAAUAUUUUCAGAUGUUAGAUCUGCAAUUAAAAGAAGAGAACAAGCACUUCAACAUUGUUCUAAAUGCAAAAUGAAAGUACAGAAAUUAGAUGAAAAGGAGAAAACUGGUGAUAAUAUUGUUAAGCUUGAAAUAGCCAAACAAGCUUUGGAAAAUGCAAAUGAAGAAUUUAAAACCCAGGAUAGUGAAUUAAAAAAAAUUCUACCGUAUUUAUAUGAAUUUAGAAUUGAAUAUUUCCAACCCUCUUUAGAAGCACUCAUCUGUGGUCAGGUUGAUUAUGUUGGAGAAAAGACAAAAGCAUUUAAUGCAACAAUGUGUACUCUUCGUGAGAAAAAUAAACCUGAUAAUGGAAUGCUAAUGCAACAACAACAAAGACUGGCAGCAAUUAGAGGAUUAUCAAUUGUUGCUGAUAGAUGAAAACAUUUUAAUAUACUGAAAGAAAAAUAAAUAUAGAACAGUUAUUGUUAUCAAAGGUACAUACACCAUAAACAAGAAAUUAUUUUAAAAUAUAAAAUUUUUGAUAUAUUUAAUAGAUGAUCUUCAGAAUACAUCAAAAAAGAACA